AUGUCGGUCACGUCUCUGCGGGUUUUCCAUGAGGUUUACCCCGCACGGUGCCGUACGUCAGCGGCGUUUAACCCGGCGUCCCCGUCUCUCUCCUCAGGUCUGGAUGACUGUCUCCAGCAGUACGUGAAGAGCUUCGAGCGGGAGCAGAUGGGCGGCGAGCAGCUGCUGCACAUCACCCACCAGGAGCUGGAGGAGCUGGGAGUCACCAGGAUAGGACACCAGGAGCUCAUCCUGGAGGCCGUCGACCUCCUCUGUGCCCUGAAUUACGGCCUGGAGACGGAGAACCUCCGGACCCUGUCCCACAAGCUGAACGCUUCGGCGAAGAACCUCCAGAACUUCAUCCUGGGCCGGCGGCGGGGCGGCCACUACGACGGGCGCGCGUCGCGGAGGCUACCCAACGACUUCCUCACGUCGGUGGUGGAUCUGAUCGGGGCGGCCAAGAACCUGCUGGCCUGGCUCGACAGGUCUCCGUUCGCCAGCGUGACGGAGUAUUCACUGCUGAAGAACAACAUCGUGCAGCUCUGCCUGGAGUUGACCACCAUCGUGCAACAGGACUGCACCGUGUACGAGACGGAGAAUAAGAUUCUCCAUGUGUGUAAGACCUUGGCGGGGAUAUGCGACCACAUCAUCUCGCUGUCGUCGGACUCUCUCGUCUCCCAGUCCGCCCACCUGGAGGUGGUCCACCUCACCAGCAUCAUGCCCAGUGAAGGGCUGGGGAUGUAUAUCAAAUCGACGUACGACGGGCUCCACGUCAUCACAGGAACCACGGAGAACUCUCCAGCCGACCUGUGUAAGAAGAUCCAUGCGGGCGACGAGGUGAUCCAAGUCAACCACCAGACAGUGGUGGGCUGGCAGCUGAAGAACCUGGUCAACGCCCUGAGGGAGGACCCGUGCGGAGUCAUCCUCACGCUGAAGAAGAGGCCCCAGAACACUCUGAGCUCCACGCCGGCGCUGCUCAGGAACGUGCGCUGGAAACCGCUCGGCUUGCAGCCGGUGCCCACCAGCCCCACCAGCACCUCCCCGACGCCCGCCGGGACCUUGGGCAUGUCCAAGAUGGACGCUCCCAGCAUGCAGGACGUGUACAUCCUCUCCCCGGUCUCUGGACUCUACAGCACCAGGGAGGAGCUGGGUCUGAUGUCCUGCGACGACAUCAGCCGCUACAGCGUGAGCUCCCAGUCCGUCUCCAAAGGCCCGGAGGCCAUCAGCUACUACCUGGACCAGGACAGCGGUCAGUAUUUCUCCCUGCUGGAGGGCGACGGACCCCCGGGGCCCGACUACGACAGGGGGGGCCGCAACACGGGGGUUCGCCGGCGGGACAAGACCCCCACCCACGGUGACCUCAGGCCUGUGUCCAUGCCUCCUGAGUAUAACUGGAUGGCCGAGGCCAAGGAACCCAGCAUGGGCAAGAGAGGGAGCCGAGAUUCGGACAACUCCCUGUUGCGUUACCUCAGCGACGACAAGAUCCUGGUGAUCGAGGAGGAGCCCGAGGGUCCGGGCAGGGAGAGCCGGCGGGAUUCCACCAGACGCUCCCGGCGUAAGAGCCGCAAUCCCAGCAGCCCCAGCUUUCCCCUCAGCCCCUCCAUGCUGUCCUCCACCCUGCGCCUCGACCAGCCGCCCGACGCUCUGCCUCGAGGUGCGGACACACUGCGAGCAGACACAACAGACAGGUACUCUGGCUCGGGAAGCUCCGGAGCCGCCUCCAUGAGGAAGUCUUUCCACUACACCUCUCUCAGAACGAAAACCAAACGGAGAAGUAAAGGUUCCCUCACUAGUGCCAGUCGGAGGAGAAUCUCCUGUAAGGACCUGGGCCACGGCGACUGUGAGGGCUGGCUGUGGAAGAAGAAGGAUGCCAAAGGCUACUUCACCCAGAAGUGGAGGAAGUACUGGUUCAUCCUCAAAGAGUCCUGCCUCUACUGGUACACCAACCAAAACGACGAGAAGGCUGAGGGCUUCAUCAGCCUCCCCGAGUUCAGAAUAGACCGAGCCAUCGAGUGCAGACGGAAAUUCGCCUUCAAAGCCUGUCAUCCCAAAAUCAAGAGCUUCUUCUUCGCCACAGAUUGUCUUGAGGAAAUGAACAGGUGGAUGAACCGACUGGGUCUCGCCGCUAUUGGCUACACACCGGACGACAAGGUGCCUCGCCACGACGAAGACUACUGGAGUGAGAGCGAUCAAGACGAGGCCGACGGCUCGAUGACGCUCAAACAGGAGGGGCUUUCAUCGAUGUGUGAUACUUACCACCGCACGCCAUCGGUGAAUUCCUCGAGCCCCUUCCCGGAGCCCAAGCACGGCCGACACUUCUCCAGCGAGUCGACGCACUCUCACUCCUCGGCCGAGGACCAGCGCGGCGACGGCGUGGGCGCGGGCACGGGCAGCACCAGCACCCACUCGUCCGGCUGCCGCUCGUCCCACCGCGAGCGGCGCUCUUGGCAGGACCUCAUCGAGACCCCGCUGACCAGCGCGGGGCUGCACUUCCUCCAGACGGCGCCGGGGGAGAGCGACUACGGGGGCCCGAUGGGCGGCGGCGGCAUGGCCGGAGGAGAGAUGGGGCCGUACGGGGGGCCGGGCCGGCAGGGCAUGUCGCCCGAGAGGCGCCGGCAGGCCACGCUGCCCGUGAGGAGGCACCGCGCCGCCGAGAGGGACCGGGAGCGCGACGGGCCCUUCCCCCUGGAGCGGGGGCCGCACGCCCACGGCCACUCGCACCGGCGCUCGCACAAGCAGCGCAGCCAGAGUCUGCCCAGGAACAGGGACCCCGUGCCGGGGAAGAUGAUGCACACCUCGGCUCACAUGGAGGAGAGGAGCGAGGACGAGGAGGCGGAGGGGCAGACGGCAGACAUACUAGAGGGUGAGGAGGCAGUGAACCUGACCCUGAGCGGCCCGCUGCUCGUCGUCUCCGACCUGCGGGAGCUGAGAGCCGAGAGCCGAGAGCGGCGGGUGUCGGAGGGGAGGGAUCGGCGGGUGUCGGAGAGCCGCGAGCCGGAGCCGUCGGACGGGCUGGAGCAGCUGUACCGGACCCUCGAGCAAGCCAACCUGACGGCCCUGGGAGACCCCAAGCCCUGCAGCAGGCAGGAGUAUCGGCGCUGCUUCACGCAUAGGGUCCGGGACCCUCUGCUCAACGACCGGCUGCACCGGGUCCGGGCCCUGCGCAGCACCUUGAAGGCCAAAGAGUCGGAGCUGGCGGUGAUCUGCGCCCUCCUCAAAGACCCCGGCCUGUGCUCCGAGACCUUCAGGGAGUGGAAGCAGUGGCACGGCGAGGUCUACUCAGACAUCUGCCAGCUCAGCCCGGGAACCAACGGCCAGGACGACCUCUCCCCGCUGGCGGCGCCGCUCAUGACCCACACACACUCCUUCAUCGAGACGCACGUGUGAGACGGGAGGACAGACACUGGACGGACACACACACACACACACAGCUUUACAUCAGUCCUCACGACUCUGAGCACACACACACACACACACAGAAUCACACACGCACACACAUAUUGUAAGAUGUGUAAAUAUCAUAGAGGGAACAGUCUGAGAACCUGCGUGUAUGAACUUUUGAUAAUCCCGAGGACCCCCCCACAGGGUGCCUAUUGCAUGCCUGAACAGAAAGCAUUCAUCUUCCUUUGUCUAUGGAACUCAGCAUCGACUCCACGAGAAAAAAAAAAGAAGACUUUCUGACACCGUUUGUUACUUUCUAUUCUCUAUUGUUUUUGCUAUUUUCGUUUCCUGUUGACUUCAAGGGGGCCGGGGGAGCUAUGUAGCAGCAAUACAGAGGAGAAUCCUUUUCACCACAGCACUGUACUUUUGUACUGAUGAACUUUGCACCCAGAGCCACCAGUUCUCCCCCGUUCUCUCUCUUUAUCUGUAUUGUUUUCCUUCUUUCUUUUACUGCAUAUCUCGCUGAUUUACAUGGACCUCGCUUGUUAUUUCCGGGCGAGUGCGAGGGAAGUGAGAGCGAGGACUUUUUAGUAUAAGACUGAGCGGCGGCCAUCGAUGCUGCUUUCAUCGGUUUAUCUGGUUCCCUCUGGGAGCCGAUGAAAAGCGUCGAGAAACCGUCGUGUCGGCUAGUUGCACACUAUUUCAAACUGUGAACUGUUAAAAACACACACACACACACAGACAAUUUCAUCUGCAGAACUCCUCUGAUAGUUUGGAUUCUCUCUUCCUCUCUUCUCCGUGUUUCUGUCCAUCUCCUUUUCUUCUCCCUUGUUUCCUCUCUCGCUCUCUAGUCAUCAAAGACUUGUGUAUAAUGUGUAUACUGCUGUGUAUACCGAUGUAAAUGUUUGCAUUCCACUACCACUGUGAUAUGUUUCUAGAGGUCGCGGAGGGAAGACAGAGAGUAUGUAUUUGCGUGGGUGCAAAAACACGUUUUUUUCCCCCUCAAUUUUUUUAAAUUCUUAAACAGCGAAUGCAAGAGCUCGAGAGUUCUUUUCAAAAAGGAGUCACUCACUACGAAGAAUGCACUUUCUAUAUCUUAUAUCUCAUUGGCUGCAUCGCGGGGUCUGUGUCUCAUCGGCCUCUUUACCCAUCGCUGUUCUAAAUAUCAGGUAAAAGCAUUUGCCGUCUCAUUUUCUAAAGAAUUUGUGUACAGUCUACAAAUAUAUUUAAACAUAGGAGAAUAUAUAAAUCUAUUUACGUUUUGUGUCAUAGAUAUAAUGUAAAGUAUGAUGUAUUCUAUGCCAAGGUUUUUUGCAGUGUCCCCCUUUUGCACUCUGUCGACGCAGGGUGUUUAGCAUUUGAACAAAUAGGAGGCAAACAACAACAACAACAACCACCACCACAAUUGCCAGUUUUUACCUCCCGGCUGAUCCUUCUCCUGGUGAUGUGUUGCAUGAGGAAAAGUCCCUGGGACUGAUUUGAUUGGACAGGGUAAAUUAUUAUGGAUCAUUAGUGUUCUUUAUCCUCCCCCCCCCCUCCCACGACCUCCUCCUUUCCUUUAAAAAAAAAUUAUCUUCAGCUCAUAAUUGCAAGAUAAUUCGACUUGUAGCGCAUGAUACAUGCAAAGGUACUGUUGAAGAAUGAACCUUUUAUAUAUAUUUAUAUAUAUAUAUAUAUAUUUGUUUUAUUCCAGACUCAUGAGUCCAUGAAGCAACAAACAUACAAAUACAACGACAAAAUAUAAAAUACAAUACGAGGACACAGGUACAAUCACUGCAGUUAAAACGUCACUUGUGGUUAAAUUACAUUAAAAAAAACACUUGUUCCAAUGUUUUCCAGAAACAAAAGAAAUUUCCUGGCAUCACUCUGUCUUGGCCUUUUAUUUGUAUGUUCAUAGAUUUGAAGUGUUCUUCUGACACACACACACACACUGUAUGAUAACUGCGGAGGGCAUUUCUGAUGCAGCUCCUCCUUCAGCAUCCUACUAGGAGGUUUCAAUUCAAUAUUUUGAGUUGACGUAGAAAGAUGGAGAGACGUGUCCAAAAGGCUUCAGACAAGCAGGACAUUCCUUCUGGAGGGAAAAAGAAGCUAUUUCGACGUUCCCUCUGGUUGAUACUGGGCAGUUAAAGGCCUCCAACUCUGGUCCUCUAAUGUCUGUGAAACCCGGAUGAAUCAUUUCAUCCGCACUCCAUGUAUCGGGCCGAGGCCUCAACGGUGCCACCCAGUGUCGAAGGCUCUGAGAGGCCUGCUGCAUCCAGCACUAUCUGUGCUUAUUCUUCUUAUUUUAACCGUAUCGUUCUUUUUGAGUGUUAUCGGUUCAGGCUUUUUUGUCGUAGUCAUGCCACACUGUCGUGAAAAUAUCAAACACACACCCCCAAACAGAGAUAUAUUGGUCAUGUUUUUUUGUUUUAGUUAAUUUGAGAGUACCACAAAGAAACUAAAUGAUGCAAGCACUUUCCCUGUGCCUCCCAACCCUCUCUUUGGCAACGAUGGACUAACUACACUGGCGAUGAUUCCUACACACACACAGCUGCAGAAGAGCUACAAUACAGUUUUUUAGUCUGCAGGCCUCUCUCUCUCUCAGUUUCUCAUCCGUAUAGUGUUGACUCUUUUUUUUCUUCUCCAAAACCGCCGCUCCGCUGGGCAGGCGACUUACGAUAAGAUAAAAGAAGUGCGAGUUAUGAUUUGUAGGCACAAGACUGUAUUAUCCCUCCCAGAUCUUUGUGUGUGUGUAGACCUGCAGAAACAGGCCGAAAAUGGAGAUCCCACUGUGUGUUCUUUCAGGGGUGUACACCUCGUGGUAUACAUUGCACAGGUGUGUAAGAUGUAAGUUGCACUGCGACAUUAAAAAAGGAACAUAUUGCUCUUUUUUCAAGGAUACUAUUAGCUUACUGUUAUUCUGUACAUUAAACUGACUAAAGAUGAUAUUAAAAAAAGAAAGAAAAUUACAUUUAUUCUUCCUAAAGUAGCCUUUUUUGGUUUCAUUUAUAUGAAUAUAUAUUACAAAAAAUACAGAUUGUAAACAUAAGUUGUUAAACUUUGACUUCAAUAAACUGAAUCCUCUGCACUAUGAGCUAC